GCGAAAAGAAGACGAGGAAAGGAAGGGAAGGGGCGGGAAAAGGGGGGGUGGAAAUAAGAAAGAAAGGAGAGAGGCUUUAGCUGGGGCCGAGUCCGCAUAAGCAUUCCGGGGUCAGGGCCGGGGAGGCUGCCCGGCCGCCUGCCGUUGCCCCUUUCCUUGGCUCGGGCCUCUCUCUCGGCGUCCCCUCAGGCCCGGGGCCCUCGCCGCCAAGCCCUCGUCACCGCUGCCUGAGGAGGCGGGGCUCGGGCCGGCUCUGGAUGGUGGCGAGAAUGAUCAUAGAAAACUUCGAGGCGCUGAAAUCGUGGCUCAGCAAGACCUUGGCGCCCAUAUGUGAUGCAGACCCAUCAGCUCUAGCUAAGUAUGUUCUUGCUUUGGUAAAGAAGGAUAAAAGUGAGAAAGAACUGAGGGCACUAUGUGUUGAUCAGUUGGAUGUGUUUCUUCAAAAGGAGACCCAGAUAUUCGUAGAAAAACUUUUUGAUGCUGUGAAUACAAAGAGCUAUCUACCUCCACCGGAGCAGCCGACAUCGGGAAGCCUGAAAUCAGACUUUUUUCAGCAUCAGGAAAAAGAAACUAAGAAGGAAGAGGUCAUUAAAGAGGAAGAGCGAGAGAAAAAGUUUUCUAGAAGGCUAAACCAUAGUCCCCCUCAGUCAAGUUCACGCUAUCGAGAAACCAGAAGCAGGGAUGAAAGAAAGAAAGAGGAGCGUUCUCGCAAGAGAGACUACGACCGGAAUCCCCCGCGAAGAGAGUCCUAUAGAGACCGCUACAACAGAAGAAGGGGGCGGAGCCGGAGCUACAGCAGGAGUCGCAGUAGAAGCUGGAGCAAGGAGAGGUUGCGGGAUCGAGACCGCGACAGGAGCAGAAGUCGAAGUAGAAGUAGAACAAGGAGCAGAGAAAGGGAUAUAGGGAAACCAAAAUAUGACCUGGACAGAACAGAGCCAUUAGAAAACAACUAUACUCCUGUUUCUUCUGUAACAAACAUUUCAUCCAGCCAUUACCCUGCCCCUACACUAAGUAGCACUAUAACGGUUAUCGCUCCUGCUCACCAUGGAAAUAAUACUACUGAAAGUUGGUCAGAUUUUCAUGAAGAACAAUUAGACCACAAUUCCUAUGGGAGACCUCCACUGCCAAAGAAACGUUGCAGAGACUAUGAUGAAAAGGGUUUCUGUAUGAGAGGAGAUAUGUGUCCAUUUGAUCAUGGAAGUGACCCUGUAGUUGUAGAAGAUGUGAACCUUCCAGGCAUACUGCCUUUUCCAGCACCCCCGGUUGUUGAAGGACCACCCCCUCCAGGACUUCCUCCACCGCCUCCUAUUCUUACUCCUCCUCCUGUAAACCUUAGACCUCCUGUUCCACCUCCAGGCCCUUUGCCGCCCAGCCUUCCACCUGUUACAGGACCACCACCUCCUCUCCCACCUUUGCAACCCUCUGGUAUGGAUGCUCCCCCAAAUUCUGCAACUAGUUCUGUUCCUACGGUUGUAACAACCGGUAUUCAUCACCAGCCACUGCCUGCUCCACCCUCUCUUUUUACAGAAACAUACGACACAGAUGGCUAUAAUCCUGAAGCACCAAGUAUAACUAUCACUUCAAGGCCCAUGUAUAGACACAGAGUGCAUGCCCAAAGACCAAAUUUGAUAGGACUUACAUCAGGGGAUAUGGACCUGCCACCAAGAGAAAAACCUCCUAAUAAAAGCAGCAUGAGGAUAGUGGUGGAUUCUGAGUCCCGAAAAAGAACUAUUGGUGCAGGUGAUGGAGUUCCAGCAAAGAAGAAUUGGUUUGACAAGCAAAACUUUAAUAGAACAAGCAGUCCUGCUUUCCAGAAGAAGGUGCAAUUUGGAAAUGAAAAUACUAAACUUGAAUUGAGGAAAGUUCCUCCAGAGCUUAACAAUAUCAGCAAACUAAAUGAGCACUUCAGCAAAUUUGGAAAUUUAGUAAAUUUGCAGGUUGCUUAUCAGGGAGAUCCAGAAGGUGCCCUUAUCCAGUUUGCUACCCAUGAGGAGGCAAAGAAAGCUAUAUCGAGCACAGAAGCAGUAUUAAAUAAUCGCUUCAUCAAAGUCUAUUGGCAUAGAGAAGGCAGUGCCCCACCAAUGUCAACUUCAGUACAGAAGGUAAUGCAGCCUUUAGCUCAACAGCCCAUUUUACCUGUUGUGAAGCAGUCUGUCAAGGAACGAUUAGGUCCAGUACCUGCCAGUAACAUUGAGCCUGCUGAAGCUCAGAGUGCCAGUACAGAAGCUGUUCAGAAUGUAACAAAACUGUCUGUGAAGGAAAGGCUGGGCUUUGUACCUAAACCACCCACUCCAGCCACUGAAAAGGUGUUGUCUACUUCUACUGGCUUGACAAAAACAGUGUAUAACCCAGCUGCUUUGAAAGCAGCACAGAAAAUGUUGCCUGUUGUUAACAGUUCCAUGCUAGAUUCUAGUGAAGCACAGAAGAAAAAACAGGAGGCACUAAGACUUCAGCAAGAUGUGAGAAAGAAAAAGCAAGAGAUUUUAGAAAAGCACAUUGAAACACAAAAGAUGCUGAUUUCAAAACUGGAGAAGAAUAAAACGAUGAAAUCGGAGGACAAAGCUGAAAUCAUGAAAACUCUGGAGACCUUGACUAACAGCAUUACCAAGUUAAAGGAUGAAUUGAAAGGGGUCUCCACUCCAGCAAGCACUCCCUUGAAAAACAUGAAAACAAAAACACAGAUGCAAAAAGAACUACUGGACACUGAGUUGGACUUGUAUAAGAAGAUGCAGGCAGGCGAAGAAGUCACUGAACUAAGACGAAAGUACACAGAACUGCAGCUUGAAGCUGCGAAACGAGGAAUUUUGUCCUCUGGUCGUGGGAGAGGAAUUCAUACACGAGGUCGCGGUGCGUCUCGCGGCAGAGGCAGGGGAGGACGAGGCCGGGGUCGGGGAAGAGGUGUUCCUAGCCAUGCUGUGGUGGAUCAUCGUCCAAGGGCACUUGAAAUCUCUGCUUUUACAGAGAACGACCGAGAAGAUCUCCUCCCACAUUUUGCGCAAUAUGGUGAAAUUGAAGACUGCCAGAUAGAUGACUCGUCUCUCCAUGCAGUGAUUACUUUCAAGACGAGAGCAGAAGCCGAGGCAGCUGCUAUCCAUGGAUCUCGCUUCAAAGGGCAAGACCUGAAGUUGGCCUGGAACAAGCCAGUCGCAAAUAUCUCAACGAUGGAAACGGAGGAGACUGAACCAGAUGAAGAAGAAUUUCAGGAAGAAUCCCUGGUAGAUGACUCAUUGCUUCAAGAUGAUGAUGAAGAAGACGACGACAAUGAAUCUCGUUCUUGGAGAAGAUGAUUCAGCGGAUUGCUGAGAAUGCUAGAACUGUUCCUGUGUUGCAUUAGCAUUUUCUAAUGUACUUUUGCAUAUUUGUACUUCGAGGAGUUUGGGUGAAAGUGGUGAAUUUGGAUUUCAGAUAAGACUCAAGCAGCUGAUUGGUCCCGUCUUUUGAGCGAUUGAUGUUCGAGUUGCAUUUACAUUUCGGUAAAUGAUUGCUGAAGACAUCAUAUUAGGAACAUAUGCAAUGUUUUUAUUACUCCUACAGAAACAUUACGGAAUUCUUUGGGUUCUUUGUAAUUUAAAGAAUUGGUCACACAACAAGAUGACCAAGAGUUGUUAUAACAUAGAUUUUUGUUUUGUUUUGUUUUAUUCCAAGUAUGGAAUGGAAAUUUGCAUUUAAGAUCUUUGUGAAUGUUUUCAGAAAUAAUAAUAGAUAACAUUACUAACUGAAGUCUCUAAAGUUACGUAUUCAUAAUAUUGCAUAGUAGUAUACUUAGGCUUUACUAUGUACUAGCCUUUUGUUGGAUUUGUGUACGUAUUUUACGUAUGAGUUUUAAUGAUACAGUGUAUGACUGCUUUGCAUAUAUCUCCUUAUCACUUUAAGAUGUUUAAAAAAAUAAAGAGAUGGAAUGGUCUUGGGGAAAAAAGAAAAAAAAAGCAAUAAUGACGUUAUACUAUGGCCCAUGAUAACAAAGAAAAAAAAUGGAAAAAAAGAUAGACCAUUCCAUGUGGCGACCCCCACCCCCCCAUAUUCACGAAAAGAGCUGAAUCACUAUCACUAUUUCAACCUUCUAAACGAUAAAACAAUUUGGCCUUGAAGCCAAAUGCUGAAAAUCCUUUUACGCACAAUUUAAAUUGCCAGCUGGCUACCUAACUUCAGAACCAGGCUUUCAAAGGGAGCUCUUGCUUCAAGAACGGCAUGGCCGCACUCACAUUUGAGAAAGCAAGAAGGCUUGUUUUUCUUGUGUGGCAGAAGCUCACGUUUAAAGAAAUGCAGCAAGGCGACUUGACCGGUAGGUAUUAAUUUUAUUUAUUCUUGGUUAAGAAUAAAUUGCACACAGAAUAAAAAUUGAGGUUAUCAAAAUGGGUUAUGCUCUAAUAGACAAGGCAUAAGGGACAACGGGAGAGAAAAACAAGAACAUCCAGAAAUCUGGUCCAAUCACUUUACAAAUGAUAGGGCAGACUGGUCUCUCAUAGGCUCUUUCCUGGGAGGGAGGAACCCAGAAGUAGCCAGACCAGUCAUGCCUCCUUGCCCCUGCCAUCUACCCUAUAGAUACAAUUUUGCACCAGAUUAUAAUGUGUCUAUUUUGCCUUUACGGUUUUGGGCAUCCAUUAUUCUCCAGUGUUAAGUAUUAUUUUUUAAAACCCUCCCCUUCUAUUUACAGCAGGCCUAUUCUCCUUCAUCACACCACGAGGCCUCUUCCUAGGUUGUUCUGACUACCAUCAGCUUUAAAUUACUCAAUUUUAAAUCCAUUAAGCCAGUUAAAUAUUGAAUUGAUUGCUGUUAUAUUUCCUUUUAAAGUUAUGCUUUCCAUCCUUUAUAUUUUAUGACCCGUUGAACAGUUGUUCUGAUGAUUUCCUUUUUUCAUUUCAGGCAGAUGGUUUGAAAAACAACUGAGAAAGCCGCAACUGUUGGUCUUUCCUCCCCUGUAUUUAAUUUUGAUUUUUUCUUUGUAUCACAACUGUACUGUCUACAUGCCUUAUUGGUAAGCCAUGUAAGCUGGGAACCUAAGAGAAGUUAACUCUUGCAAGCUAAUGGAGUUGCUGUGGACCCCGGCAGCUGUUUCAAAACAUUGUCAAUUUUUUUUAGCAACCUGAAGCACUUCAUACUCCCCUGACUGGCUUUGUGGGGUCCGAUUACCCAUAUUGAAAUGAACAAGAAGAUGAAACUACCGAAUUCUUAAGCUUGCUGGGGUCCGUUCUGUUUCCCAACAACUUCUCAAAUAGGCUAGGGAAAAUAACUUCGUGUUUUGCCUUAUCAUUUUUUUAUUUUAAGAGUGUGCUUAUGCAACUUAGAGAAUGCCGGAGGAGAUUUGUUAAUUUUUUUGUAAACCUUUUUCUGUACAUUCCUGUGUAUACAAAAAAACCCCUACUAUGAACCCGUUACAAAGCAGUGCAGGGGUUCGUUGAAACUCGAGAGUGAAUUUUACCCUGGUGCAGAGGUCUCCAAUGGUGCAGGGAGAGCUGGGCCAUGUAUUGGUAAAUGGUCAGAAACUGAUACGGUGUUCAGAUCACUAUGCCGGUUUCAGACAUUUUGAGUUGGCAAUACAGAUGGCAAAGGCGCAGGUAGGCAGGCAGAUGGGAAUCUGAGAAGGCAAGCACUUUUGGGGGCUCCGUUUGCCUGCCUUACCUACCUGUGGCUUUGAGGAAGCCCCCCUCCCCAGCUCGUGUGAGCCGGAACAUUACCGGGGUUCACACAGCUUCCCGCCUCCAGCGGAGCAAUUUAAGGAAGCCCCUGCCCCUCCAGCUCCUGUGAGCUGGAGCGAUGGGGGCUUGCUCAGUAGGGCUGGACGAUGUAUCUUGACUGCUUCCUCCUCUAAGGUGGGAGAUACAUUCCAGACAUUGUGAUAUAUCAGCAUAUCGCGGUAGCUAGCUGCUGAUAUAUCCUGAUGUUGAAAAACAGAUAUUGCCCAGCCCUUGUAGCAGGGACACAGGUACUGCAGAACCAACCCUGCUGAAAAUAGGCUUGAAAAACAUACUCUCUUGUAGCGGAUAGAAGAGGUUGUGCCCAUGACAGUGUCUCUACUCUACAAAUUUGCCCACCAACCUAAAAAGUUUGGUGAAGCAGAUCCAGGGGCUUAAUUAUGCUGCAAAUUUUAUGACACAGGAGUUAACAUUCUCCUUAGUGCGAACUUGCCCCACUGAUUUCUUUCUUGUUGAUUUGGGGGCCUAUUUGUCUAUUGGGCUACAUUGAGCUCCUGCCACUUACUAAGAACCCAGUAUUUCACCUAGGAAAUUAUUUGUCUUCUGAUUUAUUUUCUCUUUUUCUAUAAGCCCCCUACCCCAGUAUUUAACUUCCAAAUUUCUGUUUCCUCCUCCAAGAUUUUGUGAUAGCCCAAGGAGGAAUUUUAAGUUAAUAAUCCGAGGUCCAAUGUACCCUAAUAUAUUAUGUGUCGUGUUAUGUUUUUGAAACAUGGUACCAAUAAAAUCUUCUUUUUUAAUGAAAA